AUGGCUAAGAAAAGAAAGGCGGGCGGUCGCCCAGCGCAAAAGAACGAUGCGCCAAUGCGCACAAAGUUCAAUGCGAACGAGCGAUUUGAGGAUUCGGAGGACGAGUUCCAAGCCAAUCGUGAUCAGAUUCUGCUCGAGGAAGCACCAGAAGCCAAGCGCCGCCGCAAAGUUGCAGAAGACGAGGAACUUCUGCAGUCUUCGGAUGAGGAGAUUCUAAGAUAUGAGUCUGUGGAUGAAGACGAAGAUGAUCUCGAAGACGAACAAGAAUCCGAUCUUGACGACGACGAUGCCGAAAUCAUGGGCUUGUCCAAGAAGGGGGCCGCCGCAUCUGAUGAGGAGGAAGAAGGUAUUGCUGCGUGGGGGUCAUCCCGAAAGGACCUUUACAACGCCGAUCAGAUCGAGACGGAAGCCGAUGCCUUGGAAGAGGAGCAGGAGGCCAAGAGACUCCAACAAAAGCAAUUGCAGGCGAUGGAUGAGGCUGACUUCGGCUUCGAUGAAUCCGAGUGGAUGGAUGCUGGCAAGGACGCGGGGGUUGAGGAGGAUACUGGGGUCGUGACCGAGGUCCUUCCCCAUUUAGAGGUCACUGAAGACAUGGAUGACGACGAGAAGCGGAGAAUCUUGAGCGCACGAUAUCCCGAAUUCGAGCCCCUCGCUAAGGAGUUUGCUAAACUCCAACCGAUCCAUCAAGAGCUGCAGACCGCCGCCGCCAAAGCCAACCUGGCAUCUUACGAAGACUCCGACGAACCACAACCCGCACCCGUGGCGAUUGUCAAAUUCCGUGCCUUGUCAACGUAUCUGGGCACAAUAAGUCUCUACUUCAUGCUGCUUACAUCCUCCCCCGAAAGCUCCGAAACCCGCGUUCCGUUGUCUCCCGCCGAACUUCGUCAGCACCCCGUAAUGAGCUCUUUGGUCAAAUUCCGAAAAUUGUGGGAGGCAGUCAAGGAUCUCGAAGUUUCAGACACGCCUGAAAUUAUCCAGAAGCCCGCAAAGGUGUCCGCUGAAAAGGUAUCUGUGGAGAAGAACGUGAAAACGCCCAAGGUCAAGGUGGUCAGUGAACUACCGCAGAAGAAGAAGCUCACAAGAGCCGAGCGCGCAGCCGAGACUGCACGGGCCGAAGCUGAGGCUCGUCGAGCGGAGCGCGUACGCCAAACCGAGGCUGGCUUGGCCGAGCUUGACGAUCUGGUUACUGCAUCUACUCUGAAGCGCAAGACAAAGAAGUCCAAAAUUUCUUCCAAGAACGACGAUGAGUCAGACUUUGGCGACGAAAAUGCUCUUACCGCACGUGAAGCCGACGAAAAGGCUAAGCAGAAGCGUUCGCUCCGAUUCUACACCUCUCAACUGGCUCAAAAGGCGAACAAGCGUCAAAACGCUGGGCAAAACGCCGGUGGCGAUGCCGACAUUCCUCACCGAGAACGUCUCAAGGAUCGCCAGGCCCGCCUUAACGCAGAAGCCGAGAAACGCGGUCGUCAAAGACCGGAUAUCGGUGAAGAGUUGGGUGGCGACAGUGACGAGGAAGAUCACCGUGUGCGUAAAGAACUGCGCGGAGGAGACAAACAAUCCGGAACCGAUGAGGACGAGUACUACGACAUGGUUGCUGCUCGCUCUAAGCAACGAAAGGAUGAUAAGAAAGCCCGUGCUGAUGCAUACGCUGCUGCUGCGCGGGAGGGCGGACACGUGCAGAUCCAAGAAGAAAUCGGGCCUGAUGGCAAGCGUGCCAUUACAUACCAGAUUGAAAAGAAUAAGGGUCUCACGCCGAAGCGCAGCAAGGAUGCGCGAAACCCACGUGUCAAGAAGCGCAAGAAGUACGAGGAAAAGAAGAAGAAGCUUGGUAGUAUUCGCCAAAUCUACAAGGGUGGUGAAGGUCGUGGUGGGUAUGGCGGUGAGCUCACAGGUAUCAAGAAGAACUUGGUCAAGAGUGUCAAGUUCUAG